AUGAGUAUUUUACUCAAAUGGAAGAACAAACUUCAUGAUCCUUCGUUACAUGAAACGAAGAUUCGUGAGUUUGACGAACGUGUGUCAGUUCUCAAGCAUGAAAAUGUCGAAUUACACAAACGUAUCGAUCACCUUGAGGCUUUGUGUACCACAAAUGUAGACACUCAACAAACACGCUUCCUUGAAGACCACAUACGUCAACUAGAACAUGAAAAUGGACGAUUAUUUACUGAAAAUCAAUGUCAACGUCAAGAAUAUGAACGAUUUCUAGAUCAAUUGACAACAAUGGUUUUAAGAACAGCAAUGUUGCAAGAGAAUAUUCGUAAAGAAUGUUCAUCAAUAUAUCAUGUUAUCGAACGACUAUCAACAUUAACAACUAAUGCAAUAGAAGAUAAACAUUCAGAUCAAAUUAGGCAUCGUGCAAAACGCUUGAGAAGUUUAUCUUGGGAAAAUUUAAAUAAAUCAUGUGAAAUCAUCACUAAUUAUCAAUUACUAUCUACAUCACCUGAAACGACUGCUGAAUUUAUUCGACAUUUAUAUCGAAAUCGAUCAACAUUAUCAUCAUCAUCAUCAUCAUCAUCAUCGUGUUCAUCAGAAACUACUCAUUGUUCAUUUUCAACAUCGGGUAGUUGGACACUUGAUUUAUCAAUCUACAAUAAAAAUAUAAAAAUACAAUCUCCUAUUCUUCCAAUCUCAAACGGAUCGAACAAAUUCGAAUCGGAACAAAAAGAAGUAGAACAAGAAGAAGCAGUUCUUCAACGUUCAGAAACAUUUGUAGUAGCGAAACUACCACAAGAAGAAGUAUCUUCGACAAAAUCCGAUAUAAAAACAAUGACAACAAGUGAAUGCAAUCAAAAUUCAAAUGUGCAACGUUGCCCUACAACACGAGCAAUGUCAGCUGCAACAUCAACUGCUGUUCGUCCUUCACGACUACCUUCUCGUUGUUCAAAUAAUCGUAAUACAAAUUCGAACAAUUCUUCAAAUACAAAAACGCCAACAUCCAAUACUACUACUACUACUACUACUACUACUACUACCACUGCGAAUAAUAAUAAUAAUAAUAAUAACAAUAACAGUCGUUCCUUAUCUGUAAAAAAAGCUUCUAAAUUACCUGUUCGAACAGCGACUUCAUUAACUAAACAAGUCACAUCAGUAAAAAAAUCGAAUAUUUCAACACCUGUUACAACAACGACAAAGAAAGAUUCAACUCUAACAUCAAUGCGAGCUGUUACAUCAGUUAACAAUGCUACGACAAAAAAGACAAUUCAUCCAGCAACGACAUCAAAACCGACAGCUGUACAAAAUUCAUCAUCUAAAUCUCGUUCUCGUUCUAUCACAACAGGCAAUAAUAAUCAUAAGAAUAAUACAAAUACUUCUAUUCAAUUGCCAUUGAAUAAACAUACACGAACAAUACCACCAGUUGUAAAAAAGACGACGAUAGAAACAGUUUCAUCAUCGAAAAAACUAGUUAAUAAACCAAUCGAAGAAAAAUCGGUUUCUUCAAUCGAACAAAUGAAUUCAACAUCAAGCGAAUCAAGUAUUGAAGAAAAUCAUCAUGUUAAUAAAUUAUUAACUACUGUACAAGAUGAAGGAUAUUCUACAUGGUCAUCAUCGGAUGUCAAAGAUGAUAUAAAAUCAAAUAAUGUCAAGAAAAAUGGAUCUGACGAACGACGACGAAAUAGUGGACUUGUUAAAAGUUGGCUUGAUACUUCAACUAAAUGUGUUUCAAGAAAACCGGUGAAAGAAGUUGAUAUGGAUAAACUCGAACAAUUUACUCGAGAAUUAUCUGAUGCUUCAUCAAUUAUUUGUCCAUUUGUUCGAAAUCGUUGUUCAAAUGGUAUAAUCAUUCCUCUUGCAUCAACAGCAUUAAUAUCGUCAACAACACAAACACUACUUGAAAAAGAUAUUUCACUUGAUAGUCUUGAUGGUACUGAUAGUCCUCAACCAAAAGAUCAAACGAUAACAUCAUCAUCAUCUUCAGCAUCGUCAACAACAUUUUCUCGUUCGGAAACAUUUGAAAAAUUGAUCACAAAAGAAUCAUUACCAAUUAUAGCCGAUGAUCUUGCUGAUUCAACAGAUUCAACAUGUUCAGAUCUAAAUCAAUUAUUUCAUAUAUCUGAAUAUAUUGAAGACAAUUUUAUUGGUCAAGAUGAUCAUUCUGAUGAACAUAUAUCGUCACUUCAUAUGCCAAUAAAAAAUUCCACUGGAACAAAAAAACAUCCAGAAAAACGUCUGAUGUUUCCUGGUCUAUUAAAUCGUUUAAUUUUUCUUCGUCGAGUUUUAUCAGAUUCAGAUUUAAGACAAAAAGUAUGUUGCAUUGAUGAAAACGAAAUACAAUUUCAUGUGUAUCAUUCAAAUACAAUCAAUGAACAUUCAAUUGAACUUAAUCUAAUGAAUACAUAUGGUUCAGAAACUGAAUUACACGUUUGGUCACACGAUUGUUCUGAACAACGACGAUUUGCUGAUGAAAGACGACAACAAUCAUUAAUAGCAUCAAAUCAACCUCAAUCAAAACUAUCUCACAUUGAACGAAUGAUACGAAUGGCUCUUGAUGAUAAUGACGACGAAGAAAAUAAUUUAUUUGAGUCCGAUGGUGAAGAAUAUGAUCAACAAUUAGCUCUCGAACGUCAAACAUUGCUUCAGCAGAUCUAUGAAUAUCCAUGGUUACUACAAGAUGAUGAUCUUGAUCGAGCAACUAUAUUUUUAUCGCCAAAUAGCGGACACCCAUUAUUAUCACCUACACCUGAUUUAGUUGUGCCAUCGCACAAUCCAGAUUUCUAUCAAUUAUGUGCAUUAACAAAUAGUAGUUCAUUUGCAACAUCGUAUGGUACAAAUUCUAGACAUACAACACCACCCAUAGCUUCAUCUGUUUUAUAA